AUGUCUGACGCAGUGAUGGCCGCGGCCACUUCACUACGUGCCAAACAAAAGCCUCUCAAAGACAAAUACCGCUCUGACCCAUCCUCCGCCCUUGUCACCCUUUCCUCCUCCGGAAGCCUUGAUCCUACCUCGACAAGUCUGACAUGUUCUCUUUCCGCUGGCACUGCGGCUCGUAAAGUGGCUGGCCUUCAUAAAGCUGCGGGAGGAGAGGGUUUUGACGCGUCAGGUGAGCUGUGCUCUGGAGAUAUGUUGCUUGAAUCAUUGGUGGCCUGCUUUGGCGUCACGGUGCGGGCGGUGGCCACGAGUCUGGGCAUUCCAAUCAACAAUGGAACCAUCAUUGCAGAGGGCGAUCUCGACUUCAGAGGUACAAUGGGGAUCAAAGAUCCAGACGGGAAUGCUGUUUCCGUGGGAUUUACCAAAAUCAGGCUCAUUGUACAGCUAGACGUGGAUGAGGAGUAUAAGUCAAAGGUGAACAAAUUGAUUGAGCUGAGUGAAAGAUACUGUGUCGUUUUGCAAACAGUUAAAGGAGGAGUGGACGUGGAGACCAAGUUGGGCCAUGGUGACAAGAUUGUAAAUAGCGCACAGGGAGAGGGUACGGUGGAUACUUCGCCCAACAAAAAUGUCCUGGAGGUGAAUUGA